AUGCAGAUCCAGAUCUGCGACCAGUCUCCUUCAGCAGUCACCGCCGCCCAGCUGCAGAUAGCCAUUGCCUCAAGCCUGGCAGGCACACCAGCCGAAGAUGUCCAUGUGCAGCCUUCAAGGGUCAGCCAGCCACUCAGCGUUCCCUGCCUGCCCCCUGCCAGCUCGCCAGCUGUCAACAAUAACCAGAGGAAUUUGUUGGCGCUGCCAUCUUCUGGGCUCACACAGCCUGAGUUGGACAAUGCGCUGAUGAGGGAGAGCCUAGCGUGGACAGUGCAGCAGAGAUUGAUGCUCCAAGAGGCGCCCCUGCUCAACACAGACCUCAUUGCCACCGGCCGUAGCCUGCGCCAAUCCACAGACCCGGCAGAUGUCUUCGCAGAGCGCAUACAGCAGGUGGUGGAGCGCAUUGGAGUGGUCAUCGCUGCAGCGCCGCCGGUGGGUGGUGAUGUUUUCCAGGGACUGCCGCAGCCGCUGCAAGAAGCUCAGUUCGCAGCCGCGGCCUUUCCGGGAGCCCCACUCGCCUCUGGUGCAGUGGCGGCCGUGGGAGCUCCCACUGGCGGCCCCAUUGAAGUCCCCAAACCGCUGAAUGGGACCGUCAAUGGGCCGCUCAUCUCCGGCCUUAGUGAGCCGCUGGGAGCGGCUCAGCCGGGGAGGAUAGAAGCGCGCCUCGGCGCAGCCGCGCAGGCGGUAGGGCCGGCCGACGCGCAACAGGCUACUGCACAGCAGCAGUGGCGCGCGGCCGUCAGCAAUCUGCAGGCGCUGAUCGAUGCCGCACCAAUGGCGCUUGCCGCUGCUUACGUUGGGCCCGAGGGGCGCCGGCGGCUGGCCGGCAUCGAGCCUGGCGUGCCGCACCUGCACUUCGGCAGCCACAAGGACAACGCGACGUACGCCAAGGUGCCGGCCUUUGCGAGCCUGGAUGCCUUUUUGGACGACAUGGAGGCAGCCACUGAGAAGCUGGAGGUCCUGUCGGCGAUUGGCCAGGACGGCUGGAAGGUGAAAGGGAGGCGCCUGCAGAGUACCGAAAUCAGCGGGGAGGCUCUGAGCCCUGCCACUGGGCACCUGCUCAUGCUGCGCAGCCACAUGCACUCCCUCAUUAGCCAGGCACCUGGCCCCGAGGAGGCGGGCAGACAUGCCAGGCACGUCAGGCGCAACUUGGCCAAAGGCAGCCACCACUGGAACCACCGCCAGCUCAGCGAGUCGGGAGCUUGCUGCUGCGACAGCGCGCUGCAAUUUGAGGUGCUCGUGGGCGCCGCCACGCUGCAAGCCGCCUCCUCAGCCGCCGCGCUGCUGCGAUCGCAGCUGCCGCAGAUCGUCGCGAGCGCGCAACCUGGGUCCUGUCUGGCACAGGCCAGCCCACCAGGCUUGCAGCAGCAGUCAGACACCUCGCUUGGCUGCGUUGCCACGCCGGUGCUGCCGCCGGCACCGGCCCCGGCGCCGGAGGCACCGCCGCAGGAGACGUGCCCCGGGGGCGCCGAGCCGCGUGGCUGGCGCUGCUCGCACCACAAGCAGCCCUACACGUUUGAUACCCCCGCGUACGACGCGGCGGCCCCGGCCGCGGCUGCGGGGUUGUGCGGGUUGGUGGGCGUCACGAACGUGCUCUGCGGCGACGUCGUCUUGGAGGCUGUCGCCUACGAGGCGCUGGUGUCCGGAGUGUGCAAGCCGCUGUGCGGCACGGCCGCGCUGGAGCCGUGCGCCCUACCGCUCUCCGUCUAUGCGCCCGGCGUCGCCCCGCUGCCCACCCCCUAUGCGCGCACGCCUGCGCCGGCCCCCGGCCCGCCGCCGUGCCCGGGCAGAUCCGCCGGGUCGUGGCAGUGCGGCAGCCUGGCCUUUGACGAGGCAACCUACACCGCUCUGUUGGCCGAAUACCCCUCCCGCUGCACAAAGCUGUCCGCAGAGGCGCUCCUCUGCGGCGGAGUGCUGCUGUCCCCGGAAGCAGAAUCCGCUCUGGCCAACCGCUCCUGCCACCGCGUCUGCGAUCGGCCGCAGCCGUGCCCAGCCGCCGCCGCUCCCGCGCCGGCGCAGGCGCCGGAGGCGGCUCUGCCGUUGAUUGGCGCGCCGAUCCCUCUGCUCACCUUUGCGCAGCAGCAGACUGCGCCGCCGCCAGAGCAACCUGGCUUCAAGCCCCUCAUCUGCCCGGAUGGGUCCCAGGGAGUGGCGACCUGUCAAUUUGGCAACCGCUCUACCCAUGUGGAGGGCAGCUGGUUGUCUGAUGCACUGGCGGCCUUCUCUGCUGGGACUUGCAGGCAGCUCAAGCUGCAGUACACUGAAAUGUCCCUCUGCGGCUGCAACCUGUACGAAACCCAGCUGCUGACUGCAGCACAGGAUGGAGCAUGUGAUCUGCACUGCGAGUCACCAACCUCUCCUGCUGUGCCGCAAGUGGAGGCUCCUGCUGCAAGGAAGGCGUUUAAGCGGCAAAGCACGGUCCUACAGCAGCCCUUCCCGGCGCAGCACAAGUACAAGCCAGCGGAGCCACAGUCGCCCUUCCUGGCUGCGAUUGCACCGCCGCCGGCCUCCGACUUGAUCUGCCCCUGUGACGCCCAGUUGCCGCGCAGCAGCCCCAACAUCACCUUCACCUAUGCAGACACAUGCCCGCCCAGCGAUGAGGUGGCUGUGACACCAGACCUGGUCUACUUCCAGGCCAGGGUGACAUUCCCAGACAGCGUGGCUGCCACUGAUGCAGACCUGGCCAGCUUUGUGGCCAGCAGCAACGAUGACAGCAGUGGAGAGACCUGCCCCUGUCGUGAAGACCCCUUGACAGCAGCGCGCUCUGGGAAGAUAUUGGAAGCAGUGCAGCAUGUGACCAGGGUGGACUGCGCAAGCGUCUUGGUCACAGGCUACGUGACCCCAGCCAGCUACGCUGCAAGGGAGACGCAAGUCACCCUGUCGGUGCUGAACGGCACAGUCGUGAGUCCCUGUGGGGGAGCAUUUGAUGCAGGCCAAGCCAGCACGACCGUGCAGAUGAGGCCGGUGCCGCGGCUGUAUCCGACAAACAUGGCGCUGCGUGACGGCCACCCGGUGACUGCUUCGGCCACGGCGCUGUUCCUGCUCGUCGCCCAGCGCCCGAUCAAGCCCAUCGCCCCGGCCGACUUCCUCAUCAGCGGCCUCUUCAACAACGCCUCCGUGCGCACGGCAUUGGCGCCAUCCGGGCCGGCCGCCUGGCGCGUCGCGGUGGAUCUCCCGCCCGACUUCUGCGGCGCGGCGCGCCUCGGCCUGGCCGACGUGACCGGCGUCGCCGCGCUUGAUGACGGCCUGGCCGCCUGCGCGAGCGCCGGCGGCGGCGCCGCGGUGACGUUCACACGGCUGUGCGGCGGCGCCGGCCGCGCCCUUGUGCCCGUCGUGGGCUUGGAGAUUGUGGAUCCGCUGCUUGCCGGCGGCCGGUGCCUCGCGCCGAGCGAGACACAGUGA